AGGGAGACUAGCUUUUAGGCUCGGAGAGACAGUAAGUGGAGCACUUGUUGGGGUCCAGAAGACAAGGACAAAGAGUAUCGGAGAGAGAAAUUGUCAGAGCCGGAGAAAGAAGGAGAGGGCCACCGAGAUAGACACACUCCGAAUCCAAUAAAUAAUAGAGAAGGCGAGAGGGAAUCUGACAAUGCUACUCGAGAUCGUGCAUGGCGUCCGCACUUUUUUAUGAGUCGCGGAGUUGGAGAAGCUCCUCCUCCGGGAGCCACCCCACCAAAAUUUGCACCUGGUUUUGGUGUGGGAAGGGGAAGAGGAGAUGGGCCAAAUGUAGGUUUUGCUGCCGGUCGCAGUCGUGCAAAUUUUUCUGAAAGUGGUCUACUUCAUGGACCCCCGGCUGGAGGUCCUAUUGGUUUUCCACCUGUUCCUGAUAAAUGGGAUAGUAGUCAAGGGAAAUCUAGUCCUUUCCAUGACAAUUUGUUUCGGUACCCGAGGGGUAAGCUUCUUGAUGUUUAUAGGAAGGUUGGGAGCUCAUCGACUUUCACCAGAUAUCCGGAAGGAUUUACGGAAGUACCUCAGCUUAUGCAACUGGAAGUCCUAGAGCCUCUUGCCUUUUUCCCUCUUGAUAUGGAAGAGGAGGUUGUCUUAGAAGGGACUAGGAAGGGAGAGAUUGUUAGCAGCGGAGCCGUGCAUAACUCCACUGGAAAGGAUAACUCUACCACGGUCGUGACUACAGUUGGCCGCGGUCGAUUGGCCGCUCAAGAUGGACCAGGCCGAGGUAAAGGUCGUGGUCGUGGUCGUGGCAUAGUUGGUAAAGAAGAGGGACAGUUUUUGCCGCGGGAUCGGGUGAGCAUUAUCAACGUCAGCACACGCGUAAAGACCACCAUAGACAAAUCUGAAAUAUUACAGGAUUCAAGAUUUCCGGGACAUGCCAAGGAGCCCUCGAUUCAUAGGAGUAUUGGCUGGAAGGCGGACUUACUGACACCGAGGAUGACGUUCCUGCUUGAUGCAAGACUGCAAGCGAAAAUUGCUCAAGAGCGGAGCCGGCCUCAGAACCUUCUUGACAAUACCAGGGUGGAGUUGGGCUGCUGUGACUUCUGGAACUCACGACAAGAGAAACUUGGGCUUUUGGAGUUUGACCGCCUCAGAAAGUACAUGGGUGUCAUUGUGCAAAACAAUGUCGGCAAGAAUCGUCUUUUGGUGAAGGGUGCCGUUGAAAAUAUAUUGGAGAGGAGUGCAUUUCUUCAAUUGGCAAGUGGUCAAAUUGUUGUUGAAGCGUUUGGCCAACAUGAGCUCUAAGGCUUUGAGGUGUAUAGGUUUCGCAUACAAGGAGCAAUUGGGCGAGAUUGAAUCUUACACUGGAGAGGAUCACCCUGCUUACAGACUGCUUCUCGACCCUAGCAACUACUCAAACAUCGAGAGCGAUCUUGUCUUUGUUGGCAUGGCCGGUAUCAGAGAUCCUCCCCGUGAAGAAGUCCACAAGGCAAUUGACGACUGCAGAGAAGCAGGAAUUCGAGUCAUGGUCAUUACCGGUGACAACAAGAAUACUGCCGAAGCCAUAUGCAAGGAGAUUGGAGUGUUCAGCGAAGGCAAAUAUAUCUUUUUUAAGAGUUUUACGGGAAGAGAUUUUCUUAGCCUUCCAGUGGAACAACGACGGAAAAUUCUAGCUAGAAGUGGAGGCUGUCUUUUCUCGAGGUUCGAACCGAAACACAAACGGGACAUUGUUCCUAUGACCGGAGAUGGAGUGAAUGAUGCUCCAGCAUUGAAGCUUGCAGACAUUGGUAUCGCAAUGGGAAUUGCCGGAACUGAAGUCGCCAAGGAGGCGUCCGAUAUGGUUCUUGCGGAUGACAAAUUCAGCACCAUUAAGGCAUUCAUCAGGUACAUGAUAUCCUCGAACGUUGGAGAAGUUGCUUCAAUCUUCUUGACUGCAGCACUCGGCAUGCCCGAAGGCCUAAUUCCUGUUCAGCUUCUUUGGGUGAAUCUCGUGACUGACGGUCCUCCGGCAACCGCAUUGGGUUUCAAUCCCCCUGAUGCCGACAUCAAGAGGAACCCACCCCGAAGAAGUGAUGAUGUCUUGAUCAAUAAGUGGAUGUUCUUCCGAUACAAGGUUAUUGGUAGCUACGUAGGAGUUGCAACUGUAGGCAUCUUCGGUUUGUGGUACACUCAGGCAUCUUUCUUGGGCAUUCCUCUGACCUUGGAUGGACACACGUUAGCCGGUUCACAGGAAUUGGACUUCAUCAAGAAUCCUUGUGACUACUUUACGCUAGGGAAAGUGAAGGCAACAACUCUUUCCCUCUCAGUGCUGGAUGGGAGUUUAAUCACCAUGCCACCAUGGGUGAACCCGUAUCUUUUGUUGGCGAUGGCGGUGUCUUUUGGACUUCACUUUUUGAUACUUUAUAUCCCCAUCCUUGCCAACAUCUUUGGCAUUGUGCCCCUCAGCUUAAACGAGUGGCUGCUUGUGCUGGCGGUGUCCCUAACUGUAAUAUUGAUAGACGAGGUUCUAAAGUUUAUCGGCAGACCGCUUCUCCACUCUCUCGCUCGCCCACUGCGGCUGCCGCUGGCCUUGCUUGCUUGA